AUGAAGGAGCAGGAGGCAAGCCAAACAAGAGACAAGAAGGACGCAAAGGAAGCGGGAGACCAGAGGGGCCUGUCGAAGGCGCUGUUUACGAGCAGCCAUUCUCACCAGCUGUGGCCCACGCAGGCCCAUGCUGGUGGCUCUGAUAACGGGUGCACACGCUGUGAUUGGCUGGUGGGGAGUAUCACAGCAGAGGUGAUCUCAGGGUUCGGUGGCACCAUGCCCACGGGCUCCACGACCGUCUUCGUCCCCAACGCAGAACGACCUGAAACCAACUUGCGACUAUGGGCAACGCUAAUAGGCCCACUUCUCACGCUAAAUCCGCUAUCAUCUCCAGUCCGCUUCUCAUUCAUCGAUCGUUCUCCUUUAUCUGAAAUUAUCCUCUAG